UAAUAUAAUAUGUGUUUGAGUGUGUGUGUGAAAUGAAUUGAAUUGUAUUGUAUAUAUCCUUUUUUUUCUCAUCAACACAUUUGAUUAAUAGUGAAUUGAUGGUGAAUUGGUGUAGUGGUGGGUGAUGAAUAGAGUGUGAGCCACAAAUAUAUAAGCUUAUUAUUAUUGUUUUCAAAGUUUAGGAGAUUUUUUUUUGUUGUUGUUGUUGUUAUUUUUAUUGCUGAUCGUAUUGGUUGUGGUUGUGGUUGAUCAAUCAUCAAUCAAUCAAUAAUAAUGACGAUCAUCGCGUAAUUGAAUAGUCAUAUCGUUGAUUAUAAGCAUGUAUAUCCGAUGGCAAAUCUUGAAUCUUGAUGAAUAUUUCGAACGUUUCUACAUCCAUCUACAUUCAUCAUCAUCAUUAUUGAAUGUUUGUGCAAACUUUGUGAAUUAUGACAAUUUCGAUCAAUUUAAAUAUACUCAAUUCAAUCAGGCAAACCCAUAAUGAAUAUGUACAAGUCACCAUGAUGAUGAUGAUCUAUGUUUUUUUUUAUUUAUAUUAUGUUAUCGAUCAGUAAAAUUAAUUGACGACAAGCUUGAAGAAAUUGAAAUCUACACUGCACACACAUCACCAGACACAUACACAAUCGACAAAAUCAGCUAACCUAAAAAUUACCAGCCAUUUUAAUUAAUAAAAAUAAUAGAAAAAUCGAUUAUCAACAAAAAAAAAAAAAAAAAUAUUUAGCAAGAAAAUUUUCUUCACUCAACUUGUCUCAAAACAGCAGCUCAUCAUUGAUUCGAAUUUUAUUUGUUUUGUUUUUUCUCAUGACCAAAUUUUUUUUUCACUAUUUGCUACGUUGUUUUCAUCAAUCAAUCAAUAAUAAGAAACAACAACAACAACAAUAAAAAAUGUAUCGACGAUUCAUCAAUACCGUUUUUAUAUUGGCACAGAUUCGAUCAUUUAUAGUGGCCGAUAUUGCUGUUUUAGAUUCACAGAAUAAAAGUGUUGAAUUGUUUAUUGAUUAUAAGAUAACAUACACACCUCCUAUAUCUGAAGAUGGCAUUUAUGGUGCUCUGACAUUUGCAUCGCCAUCGGAUGCAUGUGCUCCAAUCAGUCCACCACCAAGCCAUCCUAAUCUGACAAUCAAUUGGUUUGUAUUGGCCUAUCGUUCAUCAUCAUUACAUUCAAGAUGUUCGAAUCGUGAAAAGAUCCAACAUGCUGUCCAAGCUGGAUACAAAGCAAUGAUACUAUAUAGUCCAAUGGAUUUCUAUCAAACAUCAGUCAUUUAUUCAACAACAUUUGAACAUUUAAAUAUUUCAAUACCAGCCGUAUUGGUUUCACAUGAAGAUGGCCAAACAUUACGUUCGAAUUUUCUAUAUGAAAGUGGAUUUAGAUUAUAUAUUACAUCGGAAAUACCGCCAAAUUUUAGCUAUUAUCUGAUACCAUUUGCCAUUAUAAUUGGUGCUGGCAUAUUAAUCAUUAUUUCAUAUGUCGUAUUUCAGUUAAUGAUGUGUAUCAUGGAACGACGUAAAGCACAACGUCAUCGUUUGUCUAGAAAAGAUUUGAAAAAAGUUACACUUCAAAAAUUUGAAAAAGGUAUAUUUUAUGAAACUUGUGCAAUUUGCCUUGAUGAUUAUAUUGAAGGAGAAAAAAUUCGUAUACUACCAUGUAAUCAUGCUUAUCACAUGAAAUGUAUUGAUCCAUGGUUAACAAAAAAUCGUCGUGUUUGUCCUGUUUGUAAAGCUAAAGUUACAUUACCUGGAAUGGAAGAAUAUUCUGAUUCAGAUUCAGAUAAUGAUAAUCAACGUAGUAAUCGUUAUCAUCAACCAAAUGAACGUACACAAUUAUUACCAUCUUCUUCAUCAUCAAAUACACCACAUCCAACGACAUCAGUGGCUGGUGUUCCUACUACUUCAACGAGUGUAAAUCUUGAAGAAAUUAUUCGUUCAAUUAUUUCUGGUAGAGCAUCAAGAACAACAUCAAUGAUAACAACACCAGGUUCUAGACGUAAUCGUUAUACAAAUAUACCUGAUUUAUUGGAUGAUUCAACCAUACAACCUGGUCCAUCAACAUCUGCACCAAUCAUUUCGGCUGAUAUAUCAUCACAGCAAUCUGGACAGCAGCAAAUAAGUAGAAAUUUAUCAUCAUCAAGAGUAAAUUCAGCUCGACGAAAUCGGCGAAGAAAUCAACGAAAUUCAGCACAACAACAGCAACAACAACAACCUCAAUCACAGCUACAAUCACAAUUAUCCUCAUCAUCUGAACAUAAUCAAACUGUUGUUCCAAGUGUACAGAUUGUUAUUGCCGAUUUACAUACAACAACUUCAGAUAAUAUUGAUCAACAACAUCAACAAUCAUCAUCAGUGUUGAUAGCACCACUACAAUUAUCUAUUAAUUGUGAUUCAUCUGAUAUGGAUGUUCAAAGGCCAUUAACACCGGAUGACGAAAAUGGAUCACAAAAACAUGGAUCUCAAUUACCACCACCACCACCACAACAAUCAUCAUCAUCAAUGAAUGAAGUUGUAUAGGAUAAAAUUAAUCGUGGACAAAUGUGCAUUUUUUUAAAUUUCUUUUUCCUUUUCAUGAAGAUAUGCUUUAACAAUAUAAUGGUAGUGGCUGGCAAUAUAUGUUGAUGAUAAUGGCAAGACAUGGCAGAAUUUUUUGGCUUUCAAUAACAAUAAC